AAAUGACAGAUGAAGGUUGUUCUGCUGUGACUUCAGCUCUGAAAUCAAACCCAUCACACCUGAGAGAACUGAACCUGAGCUGGAAUACACUAGGAGACUCUGGAGUGAAAAACCUCAGUGAUCUACUGAUGAACACACAAUUCAAGCUGGAGAAACUACUUCUGUGUGAUUGCAGUAUUACAGAGAAACAGUGUCUCAUCCUGACUUCAGCUCUGAAAUCAAACCCAUCACACCUGAGAGAACUGGACCUGAGCUGGAAUCAAAUAAAAAACACAGGAGUGAAUCACUUAUGUGAUGUACUGAAGGAUUCACACUGUAAACUGGAGAGAUUGAGUCUUCAUUCCUGUGGAAUUACAGAUGUUUCUUCUUUAACUCAGUCUUUGACAAACACAAAAGCACUGCAGUUUCUAAAAGAGCUUGAUCUGAAUAACAAUAAGAUUGGAGACUCAAAGCAGCAGCUCAUUGAUGUGCUACGAGACUCAAACUGUAAACUGAUGUGAGUAAACUUCACUUUCUGAUAUUAAA